GAGAGGGGGGGCGAGAUCGAGAGAGUGAGAGAGGAGUACAUGGCCAUUGAACUGUGCCAUUUGAAAGUUACAAAAAUCAAAGAGCCCUUAAUAAAUGAAAAUGAAUAGCACAGCAACUUUAUUCUCUCUGGGUCUCUUGAUCUUAAGUGGUGUGUUUGGCAGUGAUACACGUGAAGUGAAGUCAGUAUCAGUGACUGAGGGAGAUUCUGUCACUCUAAACAAUGAUGUUAAAGUACAGAGAGAUGAUCUGAUGCUUUGGAUUUUUGGACCUCAAAACACUCGUAUAGCUGAAAUCAAAGAGCAGGUCACUCAUAUGUUUAACAGUAAAGUGAAAUUUGGAUACAAACUCCAGGUGGACAGUCAAACUGGAUCUCUGACCAUCACAAACAUCAGAACUGAACACUCUGGACUUUAUAAACUAUCCAUCUUCAGCAAGAGGGGAACUGCAUACAGGAAUUUCAGUGUUAUUGUCUAUGCUCGUCUGUAUGUUCCUGUCAUCACCAGAGACUCUUCACAGUGUUCUUCAUCUGAAAGACCUACAAACCAGAAUUGUUCACUGCUGUGUUCAGUUGUGAAUGUGAGAGAUGUGACUCUCUCCUGGUACAAAGGAAACAGUUUAUUGUCCAGCAUCAGUGUGUCUGAUCUCAGCAUCAGUCUCUCUCUACCUCUGGAGGUGGAAUAUCAGGAGAAAAACACCUACAGCUGUGUGAUCAACAAUCCCAUCAGAAACCAGACCACACAUCUGGACAUCACUCAACUGUGUCACACGUGUGCAGAAUGGUUUCUUGUAAAUAAAGUCCUUGCUGCAUGUGUGUCUGCUGUAGCUCUGGUUGUAGCUCUCGUGAGUGUGAUGUACUUUCUCUGCAGGAAACGCAGAAGAGCGGCACAAAAAAGAAAUGGUUUUGAACCUACAGUGGAAACGGUCCAGACAGAAGAUGAAGAGGUACAAUAUGCUGAAACUGCAUUUUCUAGACAAAAUGAACAAAAAAAGAGAGCUAAUGGGACAGAGGAAGCAGUAUACUCCAGAGUUGUCACGCGUCGCUAAUCAAACUGUCUCACUACAGCAUUUAUAUGUCUGGAUUUGACUUCUAAUCAGUCAUUCUAAUACAAGAGAGGAAGAGAGAAGAACUCAACUGAAUGAAUUUACAUUUAAUCAUUUAGCAAUUUGAUAUUUGACUGAUUUUCAGCUGAUAUUUGAAAAUAUCUCUCUGUCGGACAAAGAUACAUUUGCAUGCAGCGAAAUAUAUCCCAGCAUUAAUGACCAGUGCCAGAAUGCCAGUUGACUUUCUGCAGCUCCACCGGUGAUUAACAGCAGAGAAAAAUAAAAACAGUGUCUUAUAAAAGCUUUAAAUCAUUCAGAAAGCAAAAGCAAGAACUUAACUAUGUUACUAUUUUGGUAUCAAGAUUUUCUCAAGCUUGCACUGAAAUCCCAUGCUAGUGAACACAUGAAUAUUAUUGAUUCAUACUGAAUAUUAAAAAUUAUGUACAGUAUUUUUUGGAGUGUAACCAGUAACCAUUUUUGGUUGGUAUUCUUUCUCUAUGUGUUAAAAUAAACCUACCAUAAACAUUACAGACCAUUUCUUUGUAAGUGGGCAAACUUACAAAAUCAGCAGGGGAUCAAAUAAAUAUUUUCCACACUGUACACUGUUGUUGCAUAUUCCUUCAGGAAGUGAAGCAGGAAGUGAAGAUUGCAUGUUUUUCAGUUCAUGAUCCGCUUUGACUCAAAACCAGAAAUGUUAUGUUUGAUUUUUACUGAUAUUACUUUACUUUUACUUUUCUUCAUAUAAAUUGUUUGUUAAAUGCAUCUAAUGCAGGCAAUGUUACAUGUUAA